AUGUUGGUCAGCGCUUGGCUCAACACUAGCAAGGAUCCGAUUACUUCCAACCAGCAAAGACUUGCAUCCUUUUGGGGGAGGAUUGCGAAAUACUUUGCAUCCUAUCCGAAUGCUGUUGGUCGGCCAAAGAGAGAGGCGGGUCACUGUAAGCAGAGGUGGGGGAGGAUAAACGACUUGGUGUGUAAGUUUGUUGGAUGUUUUGAGGCUGCGAGUAGGGAGAAGUCUAUUGGACAGAAUGAAGAUGAUGUAAUGAAGUUAGCACAUGAGAUAUACUUUAAUGAUCAUGGACAUAGGUUUUCAUUGGAGCAUGCAUGGCUUGUCUUAAGAUACGAUCAAAAAUGGUGUGCCUCCACAUCUAUUAAAGCUAAUGGAGUGAAAAGGGGAAGAGCAAGUGUUGAGGCUGCGAUUGAUGUCGAUGAACCAAUGCCCCGGCCUCCUGGUAUUAAGGCUGUGAAGGGGAAGUCAAAAAAAGCUCCAAGGCCAAACCGGAUGUGGAGGAAGAUGGAGAAGGACUUUGCAUUGAAAGAGAAGGAGUUUGCAUUGAAGAAGGAGCAUAUCAAGCAUGUGAUUCUUGAAAAUCUGAUUGCUAAAAAAGAUUCACUAACUGAAUCUGAAAAAGCUCUUAAGGAGAAGCUAAUUGAAGAGAUGAUGUCGAUUCGUGACACACAACAACUCUCAUCAGUCCGUGAAGCCUCUCUUGUCCGUGACACACAACAACUCUCAUCAGUCCGUGAAGUCUCUCAUGUCAUUUGA